AUGACCGCCGUGGCCAUCCAACCGCUGGCGCCCGGCCUUGGCGAUGACGAUAUUACCGGCCACCUCGGCGACCCGAUCAAGAUGUUGCCCACCCCGGUGAUGGCCGUUCUGGCCGUCCCCGCCACCGUCAUCAUCCUGUUGACAGUGUUCGGCAAUCUACUCGUCCUCUGCUUCAAGGCCAAAGUCGGGCGCACGAACACGACGCUGCUGGUGUGGAACCUGGGGCUGACCGAUUUUCUGGUCGGCAUCUUCGUGCUGCCCCUCGGCGCCUUUCACCUCAUCUACCGCAAGUGGAUCUUUGGGCGGGCGCUGUGCCGGUUGUGGGUGGCGGCGGACGUGACGUUUUGCACGUGUUCUGUGGUAACAAUCUGCGUAAUCUCCGUGGACCGGUACCUGGCCGUGACGCGACCGCUGCGCUACAAGUCGGUGGUGACCAAGUGUAAGGUGAUACUGGUGAUGAUCACCAUCUGGACGUUCUCGUCGUCGGUGCUGCUGACGACGGUCCGAUGGGACAACGUGUCGAUGGGGGAGGGCGACAACUGUUUCGCGGGCAACGAAAUCCGAUACCUGGCGCACAGCGUCGUGUUCGCCUUCUUCCUGCCGGCAUCGGUGACGCUGACGCUCUACUGGCGCAUCUACAAGCUGGCCCGGAACCGGCAGAAGGCACUCGACAAGGGAUUUCUGAUGAUCCUCGGGCAGAAUAUGAACUUUUUGACGAACACGCUGAGUCAACAGACCACCCUCCGAGUACAUUUUGGAAAGAAGAACGGGAUGGUGGAACAUCAGCGGAGAGUUCUCCGGACGCACGAGCGAAUCGCGAAGACGCUGGGCGUCGUCUCGUGCUCGUUCCUCUUCUGCUGGCUGCCCUUCUUCAUCCUGUACCUCUUCAAUUUCAAAUGCGCCAACUGCAUCCCGGGGAUGGCCAUCGAUCUGGCGUCUUGGCUAGGAUAUUGCAAUUCGAUGCUGAACCCGAUCAUCUACUCCUUCACCGUCAAGGAGUUCAAGCGGUCCGCUCAGCGUUUUGUGCUGCCCCUGUGGAAAGCCCUGUACAGCAUCGUCCCGUUUUGCCUGCCCGUGCCGCCAGAGAGCGUCCGCUCUCGAAUGUCACGCACCGGCGGGAAGAUGGCCAAAGAGAAGACGAACAGCAACAACAACAAGAACGGCAAGCUGCUGGCGUUCGAGCUGAAGACGAACGUCUCCGGGGUGCUGCGCUCGAAGAUCUCGCAGAAACGGCGGUUAACCGAGCCGGCGGUGUACUCGGUGGGGAAGCGGGUCGAGCUCGUCAACCCGUGCGAGGAGCCGAUUAUUGAAGAGGACGAGGACGCGAUCCACGAGUUGAGCGAGGCCGGCUGGAACUCGAGCUGCCACUCGCCGUGGAAGAACUCGACCACGUCGAGGACGCCAAAGACCAGCACAUGCUGUCGGCCACCGUUGCCGCUCGUGUUGGAGAGGGAGAGCUUCUCCAACGGGUCGUUGCCAUCGAAUGGGCAUGCCCGGUGUUCGAACGGUUCGGCACGAGGGGACGAGGGUUCUACCAGUCCCCUCCUCUCCGUCAUGGUCAUUUGCGACACGCCGGAGGCCGAUGUU